UACUGAACAGUGCUGCCCAUCACUUCAACAGGUUUUUUCGUUCAUCCUUGAGCCCAUAAAAUGAGCCUUACAAAGCGACUCCUGCACAUUUUUCCUCGUUGCAGUGCCGCAAAGGUAACGCAUACCUCGGGCGACCGUAAUUCAUUACCGAUUGCGCAGGCUCUACUCACCCAAGUGGACAGGAGCACCCCGAAUUUGCAAUUGCUGGAAAUAGCUUCAGGGUCAGGACAACAUGUGGGAUUCCUGGCGCCCUUGAUGCCCAACAUCAUCUUCCAGCCGACCGAGCACCUAGGUGUUCACUUCGAUUCGAUUGUCGCCUAUGCAGAUGAUUGUCCAACUGGGAAUAUCCGAGCACCCUUCCAUGCGGACAUCAGCCGUGAUCCCAAGGAAUGGGAGAUUCCACAAGCACCAGACAGCUAUGACUACAUGUUCAAUUGCAACAUGAUGCACAUCAGUCCGUGGAUCUGCUCCAUAGGACUAUUCCGGGCUGCCGGACAGCUUUUGAAAAGGGGAGGAAAGAUGUUCACCUACGGACCGUAUGCAGAAAACCGCUUCCUCGGUCCCCAGAGCAAUCUGGACUUCGAUCUAAGCCUCCGGGAGAGGAACCCUAACUGGGGCGUUCGUGACAUCAUGGAUCUGAAUGUCGUGGCGGCCGAAACCGGAAUGAAGCUGGAUAAGAUCCUGGAGAUGCCGGCGAACAACAAGUUUCUGACCUGGGUUAAGCUAUAAAAUAGUGCACUAGACUAAGGUUGUUGGGCGAUUACCCCCUUUAAGAUAACAUAUGUAGUUUAUUUGGAGCCAAUAAAAGUUUAUUGUCGAUGGA